AUGCCUCUGAGCAAGAAUAGGCUGAUUUUACUACUUGGAAUGCUCUGUGUGGAACAAUGUAAAUCUGCAACUCUCUCUCUCCCCAAAGCUCCCACUUGUGGGCAGAGUUUGGUGAAGGCACAGCCUUGGAAUUACCUUAACAUUUUCAGUCGCAUUGUUGGGGGAAGCCAAGUGGAAAAGGGUUCCUACCCCUGGCAGGUGUCUCUGAAACGAAGGCAGAAGCACAUCUGUGGUGGAACCAUCAUCUCUGCACAGUGGGUGAUUACGGCUGCUCACUGUGUUGCAAACAGAAAUAUCGCAUCAACUUUGAAUGUUACUGCUGGAGAGUAUGACUUGAGUCAUAUAGAGCCAGGGGAGCAAACCCUCACCAUUGAAACCAUCAUCAUACACCCCUACUUCUCCAUCAAGAAGCCAAUGGACUAUGAUAUUGCUCUUUUGAAGAUGGAUGGCGCCUUCCAUUUUGGCCAGUUUGUGGGCCCAAUGUGUCUUCCAGAGCCAAAGGAAGAAUUUGAGGCUGGAUUUAUUUGUACAACUGCAGGCUGGGGCCGCUCAGCUGAAGAUGGCGUUGUCUCGCAGGUAUUACAGGAUGUGAACCUGCCCAUUUUGACCCAGGAAGAGUGUGUGGCAGCUUUGUUAACCCUAAAGAAACCCAUCAGUGGGCAGACCUUUCUCUGCACAGGUUUCCCAGAUGGAGGGAGAGAUGCAUGUCAGGGAGAUUCAGGAGGUUCCCUCAUGUGCCAGAAUAAGAAGGGGGCUUGGACUCUGGCUGGUGUGACUUCUUGGGGUUUGGGCUGUGGCCGAGGCUGGAGAAACAACAUGCAGGAAGAUAACCAAGGAUCCCCUGGGAUCUUCACAGAUCUUAGAAAAGUGCUUCCCUGGAUCCACAAACACAUCCAAAUUGGUAAUAAACCCAGCACAUAAGGUCAAGAAGCUAGGGCCAGAGAGAGCGUCAGCAGAGUCUAGGCAAGACAGGACCACUGAGCAGACAGGCUUGCUUCUGUUUUUAGUGUAGU